AUGAAAGACUCGGUGCGGUUGGUCUCGGGGUCCGGUCUGUGUUCAGGAUCAGUGCAGAUCUGGGACGGGUCCUGGACCGGGGUCUGUGACGGGGACUUGGACCAGCGGGGGGCAGAGGUGCUGUGCAGGGAGCUGGACUGUGGGGCUCCUUCUCUCCUCCAGGGGGCGCUCUCUCCUCUGGGGCAGACGUUCCACUGUGAGGGCCAUGAGUCUGCUCUGAUGGACUGUCCCCGCUCCAACUCAAGCACCUGCUCCUCUGGAGCCACUGUCAACCUCACCUGCUCAGAGCCUCUCAGGCUGGUGGGAGGAGCCAGUCGUUGUGCUGGGACUGUGGAGGUGAAACACAGAGGAGAGUGGAGACGAGUGGUGGAUUCCUCUCAUCUCUGGGACCAGGAGGCCACAGAUGCUGUGUGCAGACACCUGGACUGUGGCUCUGCUGUUUAUGGAGAACAGGGAGAUUUUCCAGAGAGUCGUGUGUGGGAGGUCACAUCUGACUGUGUGAAAAAGUCUUCAGUGAGAGAAUGUGUCUCUGGUUCAUCCUCCUCCUCAGAUGGUCUGCAGGUGAAGUGUUCAGAGUCAGACUCAGACCUGAUCAUCAGAGUCGUGGUGAUUCUUCUGUUGAUGCUCCUGUUCACCCUCCCAAUGUACUACUACUGCAAGGCCCGGGCCAGAAGGGGCGCUAGAGAGAGGACCUCAGACGACCUGGAGUUACACCGGGGCAGAUCCAUGUGAGACCCGGACUUAGACCGGGUCAGAUCCAUGUGAGACCUGGACUUAGACCGGGUCAGAUCCAUGUGAGACCCGAUUUAGACUGGUUCAGAUCCAUGUGAGACCUGUGAGCUCCUGGAUGUUUAAUACAUUUGUGUAAAUACAGAAUGACUUUAAUCAUUUUACAUCUUCUGAUAUGUUUACUCACACCCUAGGGUCAGUCACAUUGUGCGGUCAGUCAUACUCUAGGGUCAGUCACACUCUAGGGUCAGUCACACCCUAGGGUCAGUCACAUUGUGGGGUCAAUCAUACUCUAGGGUCAGUCACACCCUAGCGUCAGUCACAUUGUGGGGUCAGUCACACUCUAGAUUCAGUCACACUCUAGGGUCAGUCACACUCUAGGGUCAGUCACACUCUAGAUUCAGUCACACUCUAGGGUCAGUCACACUCUAGGGUCAGUCACACUCUAGGGUCAGUCACAUUGUGGGGUCAGUCACACUCUAGAUUCAGUCACACCCUAGGGUCAGUCACACCCUAGGGUCAGACACACUCUAGGGUCAGUCACACUCUAGGAUCAGUCACACCCUAGGGUCAGUCACAUUGUGGGGUCAAUCAUACUCUAGAUUCAGUCACACUCUAGGGUCAGUCACACUCUAGGGUCAGUCACACUCUAGGGUCAGUCACACUCUAGGGUCAGUCACACCCUAGGGUCAGUCACAUUGUGGGGUCAAUCAUACUCUAGGGUCAGUCACACCCUAGCGUCAGUCACAUUGUGGGGUCAGUCACACUCUAGAUUCAGUCACACUCUAGGGUCAGUCACACUCUAGGGUCAGUCACAUUGUGGGGUCAGUCACACUCUGGG